UUCACUGGCUCUUCUGGUUAAUGAAGUUUCCUCUACUUUUGUCCGGUGAACUGAGGCCACACUGCGCGUCUUGCCUGUGUGGGCACUCUGUGAACAUGUGUGCGGUGUUUCAGAAGCCCAAGGCGUUUAAGCUACGAGCCCUGGACGGCCAUCAGAGGUUCGGGGUGGCGGGCAAGAGUCCCGAGGAAGUGCUGCGGAAGGGCUGCCGCCUCUUGCAGGUGCCGGGCGGGUGCACUGUGCUGUCCUGCAGGUCCGGGUCCCUGCAGGGCUCUGCUUCCCGCGCUUAAGCCCUGGGCUCGGCGGGAACCUCAGGCGUCGCGGCCAGACUGCUCCCGGGAACUGGGGUGCCCAGGCCAUUGCUGGCGGUGGGAUUGAGCAACUGGCUGGUUCCUGGGGCUGGCCCUGCAGAGCUGCCCGUUCGGGUGUGACGUGGUGAACUACCCUUGUCUCCUCUGCUCCAUUCUCAGAGCUGCCUGAGUCUGGCUCCCACCUGUGCCUCUAUGAAGAUGGGUCUGAGCUGACUGGAGACAACUUCUGCAAGGCCCCUGACAACUCAAUGCUCUUACUUCUCACUGCGGGCCAAACCUGGCAGGGCUAUGUGAGUGACAUUAGCCGCUUCCUCAGCGUGUUUCACAAACCAAAUGCUGAGCUAAUCCAAGCGGCCCGGCAGCUGCUGUCGGGUGAGAAAGCCCCUUUGCGGCAGAGGCUCCUGGCUGACCUGCUGCACAACGUCAGCGAGAACAUUGCUGCUGAGACCAGGACCCAGGAUCCUCCAUGGUUCGAAGGAUUGGAGGCCCGGUUCCGGAGCAAGUCCAGCUACUUGAGGUAUAGCUGUGAGAGCCGCAUCCGGAGUUACCUGAGGGAGGUGAGCUCUUAUGUGCCCACAUUAGGCAAGCAGGCUCGGGAGGAGUACAUGAGGAUUGUAGACUUCAUGUGCCAGAAGCUGCGGUCCAUGCAGUACAAUGCCAGCUAUUUCGACCGAGGAGCUAAGGCGGGUGGCCGCCUCUGCACACCUGAAGGCUGGUUCUCCUGCCAGGGUCCUUUUGACAUGGAGGACUGUGUGUCUAAACACUCCAUCAACCCCUACAGCAACCGAGAGAGCCGGGUCCUCUUCAGCACCUGGAACCUAGACCACAUAAUAGAAAAGAAACGCACUAUAGUCCCUACACUGGCAGAAGCAGUCAAAGAGCAGGAUGGAAGAGAAGUGAAUUGGGAGUAUUUCUACAGCCUGCUUUUUACCUCAGAAAACCUGAAGCUGGUUCACAUCGCUUGCCAUAAGAAAACCAUCCACAAACUAACCUGUGACUCCAACAGGAUCUAUAAACCACAGACAAAGGUGAAGAGGAAGCAACCUGCACGCCAGCGCAGGUGAUGGUUCUGUACUCCUGCUGAGCUGAGAGUGUGAUUCACAGGUUCUAGCUCUUUGGACAUUCCAGUAAGUUCUAGAAAACUGCAAAAGCUGUUCCUUCAGUACAUUUCUUUUUUUAGUCAUAAAGAUUCAUAUUUUAUUUCACAAAAGAUAGAGAUGGAAAGAAUCACUAAGUAUCAUUGGCAUACUUGGUGCCAAGAUUGAACUCGGGACCUGAUUGAUGCCUCAAGUCAAGAGCUCUACCACUAUACUACCUCCCAUCAUUCCGUUUUUUUUUUUUUUUUUAAACCUCUCCACUCAGGAACUGUGUUGUGGCCAAACCUGGCUCUUCCUGUUUGGUGACAGACUGUGUACAAAGUAGGUAUGUAUACAUAGCUACACUUUGCUGACUCCACCCUCAUGCUCUCCCAAACGCUCAGGAGUACUGUGCCAUGUGGGGUGAGUGUUCGUACCCCAGAAGCAAAUAUAGGAUAUUCCUCCUGUGUAAUUUGUGAUGACACACAAUAGAAGCCCUGCUCAUCAGAAGCUCCCUGUUUCAUCAGGGAGAAUGGCUGGUACAGUGUCACAACAAACUGUCUUGACAUUGCUGUUAGCAGGUCAGAGAUAAGCAGAUUCAGAUUUCCCAUCAGACCAAUCUAUGCAGCAGUUUCAGGCAUUUUCGUACAGAAUUGGGAAGCUGUGUU